AUGAGGUCCCUGUGGCUCUGCUGGGUGCUCUGGGCGCUGCCCCUGGCGGGCCCCGGGGUGGCCGUGACCGAGGAGCGGAUCCUGAGCAGCCUGCUGCAGCAGCUGCACCUCCAAGAGGUGCCCAUCCUGGACAAGAGCGACGUGGAGGAGCUGGUCACCCCUGCCCACGUGAAGGCCCAGUACGUGGCCCUGCUGAGGCGCAGCCAUGGAGCCCCCUCCCGAGGGAAGAGGUUCAGCCAGAACUUCCGAGAGGUGGCCGGCAGGUUCCUGGUGUCCGAGGCCUCCACACUCCUGCUGGUGUUCAGCAUGGAGCAGCGGCUGCCCCCCAACAGCGAGCUGGUGCAGGCGGUGCUGCGCCUCUUCCAGGAGCCAGUCCCCGAGGCCGCGCUCCGCACGCAUGCGCUGCUCUCUCCGCGCAGCGACCGAGCCCGGGUCACCGUCCAGUGGCUGCAGGUCCGGGAUGAUGGCUCCAACCGCACGUUCCUCAUCGACUCCAGAGCCGUGUCCAUCCGCGAGAGCGGCUGGAAAACCUUCGACGUGACCGAAGCCGUGAACUUCUGGCAGCAGCUGAGCCGGCCCCGGGAGCCCCUGCUGCUGCAGGUGUUGGUGCAGAGGGAGCACCCGGGCGGGCUGGCCUCCAGUGCCCACAAGCUGGUCCGCUUCGCCUCCCAGGGCCCAUCGGGCACCCGGCAGGGAGAGCCGCAGCUGGAGCUGCACACCCUGGACCUCGGGGAGUUCGGAGCUCAGGGCAACUGCGACCCCGAGGCGCUCGUGAGCCAGGGCACCCGCUGCUGCCGCCAGGAGACGUACAUCGACCUGCAGGGGAUGAAGUGGGCUGAGAACUGGGUCCUGGAGCCCCCGGGCUUCCUGGCCUACGAGUGUGUGGGCACCUGCCGGCAGCCCCCGGAGACCCUGACCUCCAAGUGGCCGCUUCUGGGGCCAAGAGAGUGCAUCGCCUCAGAGACGGCCUCGCUGCCCGUGAUCGUCAGCAUGGAGGAAGGAGGCCGGCGCCGGCCCCAGGUGGUCAGCCUGCCCAACAUGAGGGUGCAGAGGUGCAGCUGCGCCUCGGACGGGGCGCCCGUGCCCCGGAAGCUGGAGCCAUAGGUGCUGGGCAGGGCCAUGGAGGCCUCCACAUGUGCACCAGAGCAGGUCUUAGUGUAGGUUGUAGUUUUCCACUUAGCAAGUUUCCCCUGCCCCAGUUAGGGCCCGUAUUUUACCUUCCUGAGGGUUUCUCCAUUUCUUGCCCUUCUGUCCAUCACCCUAAGCACUUACAUGAGUGACUAAUGCCCCUCGGGGUUGCUGAGUUGAAAUCCUGGUGUGCUUGUUAGCUGGUGUAGCUGAACAUGGAUAGAUUGUGUGCUGGGAGCUUCUGUGCGCUGGCAAAUUCUCAGCUGAGUCGGGGACAACAUGCCCCAUCCUAAGGGCUGGGGAGAUCAAACUCAUUUACUCUACUACAUAAUGAAUGAAAACAAAGCCCCCAAACCCCUCUGUUUCCUCUCAAUAGGGAGGGUGUCCAGAAAUGAAGCCCCGUCUCCCACCUGUUGACUCAGUUCGGACCCUGAGAGGGUGCUGAGGGAGGAGGCAUGGCUUGAGGCCAGGGCCAGGGGCCAGGGAAUCAGCACAGCUGGUUCCCCAAUCUACCAGGGUGACAAGCUGUGACCUCAUGCAAACGAAGAAGUCUCUGAGCCACCAUGCUGUCCUUGUGAAAAAGAGGAGCUGGGUCUCAGCUCUAAGAGGUAGUUGCGCUAGGAAUCCGACAGCCCUAACCUCACCCUCUCCCGGCCCCCGAGGCCGAACAC